GGCACAACGACAUUCCCUUCGUGCAGUAUGUGCGUUUCCAAGGGAGGAGGAAAUGGAAAUCGCUGCUAGCGAUGAUCAAGUAUGUUUGGUUUCAAGUUUGCAGCCUGCGCAUCCUCGCAAGAUGGUCGUUCUUGAUGAUGAAGAAGGCUAGUUUCCUGCAGUGGUCGAUGCUGGCUGUUGCCCUGAGCUUGUGGUAUGCAGCAGCUAAGAUUGGAUUUGCUGCAGUCUACUUCAUCCUCCUCUGCUUUGUUGUGAUUUUCACCAACCUUGGAAGACGCCAAGAAGGGCAGGGGAGUGCAUACUCCGUCUUCAACAACUUCCAACCCAUCGAUGGUGACCUGAGGAUGGAGCAAGUGGAAGCUGAGAUGAGAAACAUGCCGAUUCCGCGUCGCAAUCGUUUCCUCGAAGAGUUUAAUGAAGGGGAAGGGCAGGAGGAAGAUCAGCCCUCCAGGGAUGCGAAGGUUGUCAAGUUCGGUCUUAACGACAAAAUAGAGAUCGUGUCAACAUCAGGAGAGCGCAAACUUGUCAAGAUCAAGUUCCUGCAGCAAUUUUUCGACAGCGGAUGGAAGCAAGCAGAUAUGUCUUUCCGUGUACGUGGCAUACGGUACCGAGGAGGAGGGGGAGGAACAGGAGUAAGUGGUGGGGGUGUUGAGGACGAUGAUUUCUCUGAUUCUGAUUGAUAUCAAUGAUGACAACACUUAUCUCUCU